AUGACUCGAGCUAAACCUCCUGUAGUAAAGGCUGCAUGUCUUGUAUGCCGCUCGUCGAAAACUCGCUGCGACGGCAAACAGCCAUGUGGUAGUGUAAGCCCACCCCACCUCCAUUUGUCCAAGACCAAGCUAACCCAUCAUCAAUCUGUCAGUGUGCCAGCAGGGGGCGAGACUGUAGCUACCGGCCCAGUCGUAGGGGUGGUGUCCGAAGAGGUGCAAGAUAUGCAGAAGAGCAACGUCGUCGUCUUGAGCCAGAGAACCUACCCUCUUCCUUUUCUCCUACCUCACCUCCAGAGAUUACCGAGAGCCUUGGUAAGAUCAAUCGAACCCAAAAAGACGGACUUGCCUUAUUGGCCAACGUCAUCUUUGAGCCUCGCCUUGUCUGCGAUCCUAGUCCUGAUACCGCCUUCUCAAGUCUCCACCCCAAUGACUGAAGCAAACGUUGCGCUAAGACGGUCAUACGCACAUAUGUUUGCCCAGGCAGCACUGGCAAGUGCGGAAAAUGAGAUUGACAGGAUUGGGCCCAUGUCAAGUCCGGGUGUUGCCCUACCUCAAGAAAGAAGCCAUUUGCAUCCCAUGGUGCCUUUCCAGCUUGAUCCAAUUUUGGCCCUUGUGAUCCUCACCAUUUAUGAAUACUGCCAACGCGGCAAUGUCUCCAGAAUGAGGGCUCGAAUCAACCAGGCUGUGACUACGGCUAUGGAUAUGUCUCUCCAUGAGCUUGGGUUGACUACAACAGAAUAUUCAGAAGCGCAACGGCGCGCUUGGUGGAUGAUUAUGUUUGUGACUUAUCAAUCUUCCAAUCUUCAUCUUGCACCACCGGUGAUUACUGCAGAGGAUCAACGCAUCACGACCCCCUUCCCUCAGUUUGACAUGCAUCUAGAGCCCUGGUGCUUCAUUAUAAGGGUCCAGAAAACCCUUUAUGCGUGUAACCAAAUGGCUCGAAGGCCAGAGCGUGUGAUCGAGGCAGUGCCUCCACGUGAUAUUAGCACCGAAAUCAGAAAUCUGGAUAACCAAGUUGUGUCCUUGAUGAGCGAAUCAGAUCGCUAUCUUCGAACAGGAUUUGACCAAGGAGAUGAAGCUCUCGUGGCCGAAAAUAUGUGGAGAAUCAGUCGAAUUCUCAUCUAUACUGCCCGAAUUCGCCUGCAUCGUUCCAAAGCUUUCAUGGAUAUCCCAUUGUUCUUAGACAAAUAUUGUGAUCUUACCUCGAUCAACAGCCACGGCUUCUCGCACGACACAGCCACUCCUUCGUCCUCUCGAGGAAUAGAGCGCGAUGAAGAUUUCCCGUUUACAGAACAAGAAUCAUCUCAUAUUUGUCUGAAGGCUUCUCUCGUGGUUGCGAAGGGUUUCCGCGACUUGGUACACCCAAGCGCUUUCGGUGGAGACACAACUGAGAGAUAUCCUCUGAGCAGUAAAGGCAUUUUUUCAGACUUAGAAUAUCACAAAUAUCCACACAGCAUCCCUUACUUCGCAUGCUGUGCCAUGCAAAGCUCUUACGCUCUCCUCAUGCUCGUCCACAGAUUACGUUCAAGUCUCGCGACUGAUCGCCUGGGAACAUGUUACCAUCUCCUCAACAAGCCCGAGCCUGCUACAGAAGCUUCUGAUGCUGAACGGCUAAUCGAGGAGCUGCGUCAUGGGGUUGAGCUUCUAAGUGUGUCUUUGGAACCCGAUGUCGUUUUCGAAGGUGUUGGGAGAAUGGGCCGCGAAAUCAAAAGCUCAUACUCGGCCGCUUUUCAGAUUACGCUGGGAUUGAGAGAUCAUGGCUCAAAGUGA